AAGUAAUUCAUCUUGAUUCGUGUUUGAGUAGUUACCAUUAGUCAUAAUAUAGUAUUGCAUAUUCUCUUUCCUUCCUUCACCACCAUGGCUGUGCAAAAUGAUCUAUGCAUUCCAGUUUCUAAUGACAAAUCUGAACAAGAACAUGGCAAAGUCUCUGUUGCAUCUUUAAUGAUGGGUGUUGGAGCUGUUAAACAAGAUGUUAGAGCCAUGAUUACUUCUACAGGCUUAGUUGCAGGUGCAUGCAGGAUGGUGAUAGGUGAGUUUUUUUCAGUCUACUCCCAACAAGAUGUAGAUGUGGCUCAGAUGAAAAGAGAGACCACUAUUGCAGGAAAUGAGAAAAGUUUCCAUCUGUAUGGAUCGAGUUAUUAUAUGUUUUACUUGCUUUAGUAUAUAUAUAUUUAGGAUGAAAAAGGGUAUAAUAUAAACAUGAUUAUGGUUUUGUUUACA